AUGGGCCCUGUAUUUCAGAAACUUCUAAAGUUCAUUGAAAUCGUUGGCGUUGGGCUUUUCGACAAUACCUACAAUCUCCCCCCGCCGCCACUAACUACUCUUCCCCCCUCGACUGCGCCUGGUCCAACGCCGUCCUCCAUCCGGCGCCUCCAAUGGCUCACAAUACGACCCCAUCUCCGCCGUCUGGCUCGCCGGCACCGAGCUCCUCCGCACCAGCACCCCCGAGCCCACCCCUCACGGAAUCUCCUGGACCUUCCACAAAGACAUCACCUGCUACUCUCCCUCCUCCGCCGCUCCAACCUCACCCUCUCCGUCAUGCUCGAGAACAUCGUCGACGACACAUACACCGGCAUCUUCCACGUCAACAUCACCUUCCUCUUCUACAACAUUAGAAAAUCCCCAAUCUCAAGCCCUAGAAAACUCAUACGCAAUUUUCCCACUGCGUCGCUCGAAUUGGACCAAAUCCCUGCCGAUUUGAUCAUCUUGGUGUCGGCCGCAGGGGAGGAAGGGUUCUGGUUCAGAAUCCAGAGCGAGAACGACGUCGUUUCCAGGGAGAUUCAAAUCCCUAGCAACACGUGCAGAGCAGUGAUCAAGGUCUACGUCUCCGCCCACGGUGACGACGAAUUCUGGUACUCAAACCCGUCGGAUUACUACAUCGAGAGGAACGGAGUAGGCUCUUAUUAA